AUGACCCAAUAUCAGAGUGUUGAUCAAAAGAAGAAUAGGGAGAUCUCAAACCUGGGAAGAAAGGACGGGGUUCUUCCUGGAGCUUGGAGCUAUGGAAAGCCACUACAUCACCUUGGUGGCAAAAAAUUACGAUACUAUUGCAGCGGUCUGUGGUCUCUUUGGGUAUCCAUCAUCGUCGCAGGGGCGCUGCAUUACAGUGGUAUUUUCAAGCUCUACGAGCUCUUGGACGAGUUUGGGCCGCUGAUGUCCGUUGCGAUUAUUUCCGGUAUCGAAAUUGCGACCUGGGCGUAUCUCUUGGCGUUUUUGCGAAGAGCUCAGCAUAGAAUGAGCGGUAAUCUCAUCUACGAUUUUUUCAUGGGUGCAGAACUCAAUCCGCGCGUGGGAAUUCUUGAUCUCAAGAUGUUCUUUAUGAUAAGACUACCGUGGAACGUCCUGCUUGCACUUGCUUGUGCCACAGCCGCCAGGCAGUAUGAGUUGUAUGGUUAUGUUGGCGCGGAGGUGUGGUUCCUGAUCCUGGCACAUUUCCUGUAUACCAAUGCGUGCGCCAAGGGAGAGGAGUGCACGACGACUACAUGGGAUAUAUACCACGAGAAAUGGGGCUUUAUGCUAAUCUUCUGGAACAUCGCAGGUGUGCCCUUUAGCUAUUGCCAUGCUAUUCUCUACUGUGCCAAUCAUCUUUCCACUCUAACUGAAUGGACCUAUCCGUCCCUCCGGAUGCCCUCACUUGUCCUUCUCUUCACAUCUUACCUCUUUAUCUACUGGGUCUGGGACACGAUUGGUAGCCAAAAGAACAACUUUCGCGCCCAAGAGCGCGGCACUUUUACAGGCCGUAACGCAUUCCCGCAGCUACCCUGGCGCACAAUCGACAAUCCGAAAGUGAUCAAGACGGCAACAGAUGACAGUAUCCUUAUUGAUGGUUGGUAUCGAUACGGUCGCAAAAUCCACUACACUUGCGAUAUUUACUUUGCGAUUGCAUGGGCGCUGGUGGCCGGCUUCGAGAGUCCUUUUCCCUGGCUCUAUCCGGUGUUCUUUACCUUCAUGAUUCUUCAUCGUGUUCAUAGAGAUAUUCGACGUUGUAAGGCAAAGUAUGGACGUAGUUGUUGGGAAUAUGAGAAAGCAGUCCCGUAUAUUUUUAUUCCGACUAAAGAUUUUGUGGAAGGUGGGAAUCUCGAUCAGACCAUUCGUCUUAAACCCCUCAAAAAAAGUCAUUCGGGUCAUCAUGCUAGUCUUUGGGCGGACGAUCGUUGA